CCUUCUACUUAGAUUUCGCCAUUUUUAUUCUAUUCUCUCUUCACAAAUGGGAAUUUUGAUUGCAUUAAUAUGCAGUGUACUAGUAACUUCUCCAUACACUAUUUCCACACCGGCUCCGGUCUCCGCCCCGGUGAUCUUGCCGCCAACCGUUUCCGUUGAGGCCCCAUUUGCCGCACCGCCACGGACAGUUUCCUCUUCUGCUCCAUUGUCCACGCCGGUGAUCAUGCCGCCGACAGUUUCUACUGCAGCUCCAUUUUCCUCGCCAAUAAGCUUGCCGCCCACUGUUUCCAAUCCGGCUCCAGUGUACCAUCCGCCAACUGUUUCCAGUGUGGCUCCAGUCUCCCUGCCAGGGAGCCAUCCUCCAAUUGCUUCCACUCUGGCUCCAGUUUUCACGCCAGUGAGCCAUCCACCAACUCUUUCCACUCCGGCUCCAGUCUUCACGCCAGUGAGCCAUCCGCCAACUGUUUCCACUGUGACUCCAGUCUCCGCGCCAGUGAGCCAUCCUCCAAUUGUUACCACUCCGGCUCCAGUUUUCACGCCAGUGAGCCAUCCACCAACUGUUUCCACUGUGGCUCCAGUCUCCGCGCCAGUGAACCAUCCACCAACUGUUUUUACUCAACCUCCAAUUCCGGCACCUAUCGGCUUUCCCCCAUCUCUCCAGCCAGUGGUCCUCCCGCCGACGGCAGUUCCAGUCCAUUCUCCAAUCCCAUCACCACAAACUGAAUCUUCUCCAGCUCCAAGCACGAAGCACAAUGCACCUUCACCGACUCCGGUUUUUUUAGCACCCACCCAAACUCCAGCCAGAGCUCCAGCUCCAAGCAUGGAGCACCAUUCACCUUCACCAGCUCCGGCUCCAGCUCCGAUGCUGCUUGGUCGACCCUCCCCUCCAUCUGAAUCUCCCGGACCUAGCCCCAUUUCUCCAAGUCCUACAUCAGCUGAUGACUCGAAUGGAGCAACGAAGUUGAUGAACGUCCGGCAACUGGGGGGAAGUUUGGCAGUGGGAUGGUCGGUGUUUGGCUUCUUCUUCUUCUUCUUCUUCUAGAGACGUAUGACUAUGCUGCAGAAUCACAAUUACUCCGAUAAAUAAUAUGUGUUUUAUUUGUUAAUGUGUUUAGUUUCAUUAAUUUGAAAUCGCCUGGCAUUUGCCUUAUAGGCUAUAUUGUGUUUGGGUACAGAGUUUGAGGGGAUUUGCUACACAACUUUAUAUAAUUAUUUUGAUUAUA